CGAAGGGAAAGACCACUAAGAAGAGGCCACAGAGAGCCACUUCAAAUGUGUUUGCCAUGUUUUGACCAGUCACAGAUCCAGGAGUUCAAGGAGGCCUUCAACAUGAUCGACCAGAACCGAGACGGAUUCAUCGAUAAAGAGGAUCUCCAUGACAUGCUGGCCUCUUUGGGGAAGAACCCGUCUGAUGAUUAUCUGGAGGGCAUGAUGAGUGAAGCUCCGGGGCCCAUCAACUUCACCAUGUUCCUCACUAUGUUUGGAGAACGGCUCAACGGAACCGACCCGGAGGAUGUCAUCAGGAACGCUUUCGCCUGCUUCGACGAGGAAGGAUCCGGUUUCAUUCAUGAAGACCACCUGCGAGAGCUGCUGACCACCAUGGGAGAUCGUUUCACAGAUGAAGAGGUGGACGAGCUCUCUCAGAGAGGCUCCCAUUGACAAAAAAGGGCAACUUUAACUACGGGCGAAUUCACCCGGAUUCUCAAACACGGGGCCAAAGACAAAGAUGACAUGUAGAUGAUCAGAGAGCAUCAGCCGCAGAUGCACAGCACAUUACAAACACAUCAGCAAAGUAUUUUUUUUUCCUCUAAAGGCAUUCUAUAUAACCAGGUUGCAUUGCUAAAGAUCUGUGCAGUGUAUUUUUUUGUGUUUUUUUGGGGGACUACAGUAUAAAGCAAUGUACUCUGCA